AUGGCUCCCUCUCCACAGGUCCGCCAGGCUUCCAGUGCGGUCCCUCUGCAUCACGUGCAAGGCCGAUCCUGCCGUCCGCCAGGCGACAUUGCCCUUUUGCGACAGCAAUUCGACGAUCUCCCAAUCCGGCCCGCGGACAAAGAUUCGAACUGGCCUGUUCCAUACGACCAGCUCUUUGAUCAGUACGUCGACGCCGAACUGCUGGAUCUCAGCAGCGACAAUACGGCCGAGGCCACCAGCUCUGAUGACCUUGGGAACUUCUUUGACAUCUCCUCGUCCUCGAAUGGGAGCGCAGCGCCCAAAACCUCGCCUAUGCCCAAUUGGGACCCAUCAAGGCACAGCGAACCAGAGGAAGCCUGGCAGCAGGCUUGGGGCUAUAUUGGCUCAAAAGUAGCCCCGGCCGCGCCCGAAGACGAUCAAAGUUCGAUCUUACCAGAGUCCCGUGGCAAGGCUGUAGCUGCCCACCCGGAGCUUUUCAGCUUGGACGCUCCGCCGCCUACCUGCUCCCCUCAAGUACCUAGCGAGCCCUUCGUUUUCUCUGCUCCUUCUUCCCCACGACCAAUUGUUUCUUCCUGCGAGCCUAGGAAGUUCAACAGCCUCCCCAUUCGCGGCAGCAAGAGACAGACACCUUCAGUCAUCAGACGCUCUGCUUCCAAGGGCAGCUUCUCUCCCAAGAUGAUGCGCUCAACACCAUAUCGGACCGGAUACCAGGAGAUCUGGGCCAAGCGUGUCGGCGCCCCUCCGCUCUCUCCUCCUCCCUCCUCCAAGGUGUCCCAGGAAGAGUCCCACUAUGGCUACGACUUUUCCCCGAACCUGCCCUACGCCACCUCUGGCGAGGUCGUCGACAUUGAGCGCCAACUGUCGUUUCCAAACUACAACUCCAGCCGGUCACAAAUACAGAUGACGCCAGUUGCGUCCCCGACCACCCAAGAUCCCACCAGCACAAGGUCGUCCUUCCACGCUUCAAACGACCAUUCCAACAACCCAUAUCUCACACAAGACCUCAACGAAGCAUUGCAGACACCCCCUCAAUCCUCACGCAUUCCAUCGUCCUCGUGGAACCAAGGUGCGACCGCAGCCUUCGACUUUGCCAGCUUCUCAGCCUCGUCUGACUACUCGCAAGAUCGAGAGCCUCAGCCUUGGUGGAGCAGCACUAGCGUUUCUCAGCCUUCUCAGCCCACAACCUAUCACAAUGGUCGACAUGACUUCUUGGGCGUCAGCUCAGCCUCUGCUGACCUCGCCACCGGCGGACUGAUGAUUCAAUGCGAACCAUCAUCGAUGGCAAGCAUGCUUGAUGCACAUGCGCCCGACGCAUCUUCCUCUUUCCCCACGUCUUCACCGGUCGUGUACCCAUCACAGAUGUACACGUCGACGCCCAUGGCUUCCACCCCGACCUUUGCCCAACACCAGCCUUCCGGCGCGCCUCACCCAGCGGCGCAACACCGGCAACACCAUAUGCAUCACCAAAUCACCCCUCCCUCGCGCAGCCCCACCUCAUCGCCGCCCCACCCUCCUUCAAUGAUGCCACAGCAGGCUUUCAUCGCCCGCUCGCGCCGGGACUCGUCGCAGCCAUGUCCUCCCCCAUCAUCGCGUCCUCGGUCGCACCACCGGCGCAAGUCCAGCUCGCACUCGUCGACGGGUCCCUCAUCGACGCCUCGUCCGGCUUCCGUCGGCUUUGUCAACUACACGCCUGACGAUAGCCGAAAGAUCCUGACGGGCGUGGCGCCUUCCGGGUCGAGCAAGACGAAAGCGCGACGCGAGAAGGAGGCGGCCGAGAAGCGCAGAAGGCUGAGCCAGGCGGCAGCGAGGGCCAUCAUCGAAGCAGGCGGAGACUUGGCGGCUCUGGAGAGGGAGGGCCUGCUGUACUUGCCCGAGACGAAAGAGAUGCUCGCUACGAAGGGUAACGUGGUGUAA